AUCUAGUCCAAUCUCGACGGCUCUCGGCAGAGUUACUGCAAUCCCCCACUUACUGCUUCUUACUAAACCGCCAAGUCGUCUGCAUUGGUGCUUUAUGGUAUCUGCAUUGGUGCUCGUGCGUGGAUUCUCGGCCAUGUCUCGUUAGCGUGCGGAAGCAUGUCAACUCGCAGCCAUCCCCAUGCACGAGGUUAGUUUAUAUAGCUUCGCACGCCCGCCCCUCCAGAUGUUGGGCGACGUCCUCCGACCCUCAACUCUCCUUGUUGAUGGCGCCCAUGGUUAGAUUAGGGACACGGCCGGGCCCGUCCGCGCUGCACGCUGCUGCGGGUCGUGGCGAAUGCAUGAGAUGGCCGUCGAUAGGCGGGCUGCAGUUGAAACGGUCCCCGCGGUCGAUACGCUUCUUGCAGUCGCGAUGCAUUGCGACGAAUGCUGCGGUGCGCGGGACGGGCGUCGAGUUUCCAAGCAAUACUCCACCGGGCGGCAUACCGCCUGCGCAGACGCCAUCGCGGCAGAUUGCAAGAGAGCGCAUACAGGCUAUUGAAAAUGCGAAGCCGUUCUCAGAUUUCCUGACGGACAACUUCAAGCGCCAGCAUGACUAUCUGCGGAUCAGCAUUACUGAGCGCUGCAAUUUGCGAUGUCUAUACUGCAUGCCUGAAGAGGGCAUUCCACUAUCGCCGCCCGCUACAAUGCUCACCACACCCGAGAUCUUCUACCUCUCCUCACUCUUUGUAUCGCAGGGCGUCACCAAAAUCCGACUGACAGGCGGCGAGCCUACCGUGCGCCGCGAUAUCGUUCCUUUGAUGCAGCAAAUUGGCAGCCUCCGACCAAAAGGCCUACGAGAACUCGCCCUUACUACGAACGGCAUAUCGCUGCACCGCAAGCUGGAUGCUAUGGUUGACGCUGGCCUAACAGGCAUCAACCUCAGCUUAGACACACUAGACCCCUUCCAGUUCCAGAUCAUGACAAGAAGGAAGGGCUUCGAUGCUGUCAUGAAGUCGAUCGACCGCAUACUGGAGAUGAACAAGCUGGGCGCAAAUGUCAAGCUCAAGGUCAAUUGCGUAGUUAUGCGCGGGCUGAAUGAGCGCGAGAUCCUGCCCUUCGUCGAAAUGGGCCGGGAGAAGGACAUCGAAGUACGGUUCAUCGAGUACAUGCCAUUCGGCGGGAACAAGUGGAGCGAGAACAAAAUGAUCAGCUUCCAAGAAAUGGUCGACAUCAUCCGCACAAAAUACCCCGGCCUGGCACGGAUACCGGGACACAAGAACGACACGAGCAAAACAUACCAGGUCUCCGGAUUUGUUGGCAAGGUCGGCUUUAUCACAAGCAUGACCAACGAUUUCUGCAGUACCUGCAAUCGCCUACGCAUCACGAGCGACGGCAAUUUGAAAGUCUGCCUGCACGGUAACGACGAAGUCUCCCUCCGCGAUCUCGUACGUAAAGACAACAACAACGAGCCCAUCGACCAAGAAGCCUUCGAGCGCAUCAAGCAGAUCGAAAUGGACCGGGCCUCCGGGCGCCUCAGCGACUCCACAGUCCUCGGCUGGGGGCCACGCGAACGCGAACUGCUUAGCGUGAUCGGGCAAGCUGUGAAACGCAAAGCAGAGAAGCACGCCGACAUGGGCGAUCUUGCGAACAUGCAAAACAGACCGAUGAUAUUGAUUGGUGGGUGAAACACUUUUCCUGUUGUUUUUGGUCGCGGGGCGGGUGAACGUUUUUGAUAAAUCGAAUGAUACCACGGCGGUACGUUGAUGUUGCACGACUGGCGUUCUGAGGCAUAUUCUGUUCACUCGCUUGGGAUUGUGACAUAGAGGUUCUGAGGCUAUAUACGAAAUCACAUACCCCGUUUUGUCUACACCAAGUUAUUGUACAACGCCUGUGAUGUACAACGCUGACCGUGUGCAGACCAGCAAC